AUGUACUGGCCUCAUGGAGUUCCCCGGGUCUAUGCGGUCAAUGGGCCCGACAUUCCCUAUGUCUUAGACAAAGAUCCCGGACUCGAUCCAUCCACACCUGGCAGUACGAAUUCACUGAACGACAGCGAGAAUGACGAGGCUCAGCAAGUCAUUCCGGGCACACAGCGCAAUGAGCCGAGCAUUGAACCGUCCCCCGACGCGGGCACAUCCAAAUGGGAAGAUGAAGCCAUCAAGGCUGUUUGUGUGUCCAGGGCUGGCCAAAUAUUUGCGACAAUGACAGAGUCAUCCAUUGCUCUUUGGCAGACCCGACCUACAGCAGUUGUUGCAGCAGUCACUAGAUCCACAUUUUCUUUGAAUACAUACGGUUCCAACGUCGACAUUCUUAUGCAUCCGGACUCGUCAAUUCUCGUUGUACAAACUUUCAAUGGAUACCUCCUGACAUACUCGAUUGCGUCGGACACAAUGACUAGAGUUUAUCAGCAGCGGUUCGACCAGUCCACGCACCAUCGUCGCCAGCAAAUUGCUCGCUUCUCAGCAGUGGAAGAAGCCAAUGUGGUGAGGAACAUCAGUAUCCGGUUCCGAAUGGCCAUCAAGAUCGAGUCAGGGAUCGUCAAGGCGCUGGCGCUGGAUCAAGAACUCAUUGUAGCCACCGUGAAACCGGCGGCCAUGCAAUGUAUUCGAUGGACUACCGAAGCGGGCGGAACACAGACUACAUCGGAGCUUCUCAGUCGCAUACUGGGGAUUUCAAAGAAGGUUUCCAUUGUGGAUAUGGUAUAUGACCGCGCGAUGAACCUUUUAAUAUGGAUUACCAGCAAUGGCCAGGCAUACGCUGUGCAACGAGAAUCCGGGGCGCAGGAGGAAUUUGAAACAGCCAAAAAGCUUUUCCAUGGACAUUGUUUCCACGAUCCGAAGCACAACGGCGAGAAGGCAAUGAAGGUGGCAGUGAAUGCUCGCUUCUCUUUACUAACCCUGAGUUGCAUCAAUGGCGAGGUCUUAGUUUACACUGCGAAGGAUUAUAUGGGUAAUGUUCCCUUCUCCCAGAAGCUCCAGCUGCCAGCUUCGCCAACAACGACCGGGUCCUUAUCCUUCAUGGGUUACUCGCCGGACGGAUAUUGUCUGUUUGCAGGAUAUGAACAUGGCUGGACAACAUGGAGUGUCUUUGGGAAACCUGGAGGAAACAGCUUCUCAGCAGACCCUGCGCUUGCAACAACCAAUACAGAAGAUUGGCUGACUGGUGUUUCAAAUGGUUGUUGGAUCGGUGGAGGCUCAGACAUCAUUCUCUCCGGAAAGAAUGAUCGUCGCUUGUGGAUAUUGGAGACAGCUCGCAGUGCUUUGACCGGUUGCUUUUCUUCUGCAAAUUUGGCCCGAGGUCUAUUGCAGACCGGAACCGAGUUCAUUCUCUAUCGUGGUCAUGACAUGCCAGAUCUUAUGACAAUUUCUGGAAAGGAUUCCCUUUGGCACCAUGCUCAGUAUCCUCCAGCAUAUCUUCACUCCCAGUGGCCGAUAAAAUCUUGCGUCGUAUCUCAAGAUGGACGAUAUGUUGCAAUUGCAGGUCGGCGCGGCCUCGCACAUUACAGCGUGAAUAGUGGUAGAUGGAAGGUCUUUGAAGACUCCAAUGCUGAAAACUCUUUUGCUGUCCGAGGAGGGAUGUGUUGGUAUGGCCACAUACUGAUCGCAGCGGUUGAGAGUGACGGCUCAUAUGAGGUGCGCCUUUAUUCGCGUGAAGCCUCUCUCGGCAACGGCAGCAAUUCCAUCAUGUUUACUGAAUAUCUCCCCUCGCCAGUGGUGUUCAUUGGCCCAUCGGGAGAGGAUUCCCUCUUGGUCUAUACAUUCGAUAAUAUUCUCUAUCAUUAUAUCAUCAAUACCACGCAGUCUCAAAUCACCCUUGUUCCUGUGGGGCAGAUCGCCUUUAACGGGAUUGUUCGAGCACCAUCCCGUGUUCGAGCAAUCAGCUGGGUUUUGCCUGAGGAACAAAUGCGAAAUGGUGAUCCAUCUCAAGACGUGAAAGUCGCAUCGGUGCUUCUCCUUGUGGAUGGCAAUUUGGUUUUGCUGCAGCCCAUGGUGUCUGAGACAGGCGGACUAAGAUAUGACAUGCGUGUGGUCUCUCAUGAUGUGGAAUAUUACAUCCUGAUGCGUGACCAGCUUUCAUUCAACUUUGCCCCACAGGUUGAUGAAUCCCUGCCUCCCAGUCCCUCUGCGGGAAUGACCCUUGAGCCGUCUCCCAGCAGCUUGUCUCUCAGGGACUCCCUUUGGAUGUUCCGGGGGAAGGACCUGCUAGCUUGGAACGAUGUACAAGAUGUUUUACAACAGGAGACAGUACCGGAUCCACUCCACAUUCCUCUGGAUUUCUAUCCACUGUCUGUGUUGCUGGACAAGGGUAUUGUGCUCGGAGUUGAGUCCGAGAUGAUGCAACGACGCGAUGUGACAUUUACCGUUCUAAAAUUCGCCAUUCGAACCCACCUAUUCCUGCCGUACUUCUUACAGUAUGGCCUCACAGCCUUUGGAGCGCCCGCCGCUCUUUCACUAUGCCGUCAUUUCUCCCAUCUGUCGUACUUUGCUCAUGGCCUGGAGAUAUUGCUCCAUCACGUCCUGGAUGACGAGGUGGAUAACGAGAGUAAGGCCAGCAAAUCCGGGAACCCAGCCGAACGCGAAGAGCCGCUGCUUCCAACCGUUAUUUCUUUCCUCCAAGCGUCCCUCCCCGUAAGAGAAUAUCUUGACAUCGUCGUGCAAUGCACACGCAAAACAGAGCUGCGAUCAUGGCGCACACUGUUCGCCUAUUUGCCUCCACCAAAGGAUCUGUUCGAACAAGCCUUGAGACUUGACUCGCUCAAAACUGCAGUUGGGUAUCUUCUUGUAUUGCAAGCUUUCGAGGACGAGGAACAAGGCCACGAUGGCCGCAUCGAGGAAUAUGUCGUGCGUUUGAUCGGCUUAGCUUCGCAAAAAGGAGACUGGGAGUUAUGUGCUGAGCUCGCCCGCUUCCUCAUAGCUCUAGAUUCCUCGGGUGAGAUGCUUCGACGCGCAAUUACCCGGGUUGGCCUCCGCCCUAACUCCAUAUCCCCUGUCAGUGGUCAGCGUCCUGGACCCGGUCCACGAUCUGGAUCUGCAGGAGUGAAAGGGCUGGGCUUGGACCUCUCGAUUCGGUCUCCAUCAUGGUCUUCUCUUUCUCCAACUUCGUCGAUCUCACCCCUUCAAACUGGACGGGAUGGUGAUGUGUUAGAUGAAACCCCCUAUUCAGCAGAUGGUAGGGAUAAUUGA